AUGGAUACUCGCCCCUCACCCGGUGCCUCCUCGGAGAUCAUCACGUACUAUGAGCUGAGCUGGUCAAUUCUAAGCAGUAUUGGACUAUUCACAACGCUCCUGAGUAUUUGGGCCGUGCUUAUCACUCGACCUACUCCGUUAAGUUACAUCCCCAUAAUUGUCUCUGCGGCCGGCGCUGUCGCCAACGGACUCUGCUACUUUUCUUUCUACACUUCAUAUCCUAUCCCGAACCGAGCGGUCGCUAGUGCUAUUGCCGAUGUCCUCUGGUUGAUCCAGGAGGCAGGCAUUUCCUUCUACAGCUAUCAAAUCCUCAUGCACACCCUCCGCGACUCAACCCGAACACUCUUCCUCGCCGUGUUCUGGUUCCUCAUUGUCGCCGUCGCCUCUAUUCGAAUGGCUAUUCUCGCCAGCAGAGUCCAAGAAAUCACGCAAGGUGGGGUGUCCUCUCAUUCUGCCGGCCCACUGCAACUUCGAAUUGACUACUUACACGUCGGCUACUUUGCGACCAUCGCCCUCGUCGAAACCUGGAGCUCCUUUUUCCUCAUCCGCCUCUUGCACAAGGCAUACAGUAUCUCUCCGAAACUGUCAUCCACCAGACUCGUCUUCCGCUAUAUGAUCCGUACGACCGAAAUGCGUGUCGCUAGUCUAUGUUUCAUCGGCAUUACUCGUGCGGUCACGUAUUCACUGCAGGUUACAUCGCAGACUGCGGCGACUGUGGCGGGCCAGCUUGAUCGAUUUGCAUAUACGAUGGAAUGUUUGUUUCCGUUGGUUAUGGUGACGGAUAUCCUCGCUUCGAAGAAGUUCAACCUUGGUGAUCGGAACGCUAUGUCGGCCGCUGAGGCUUCGCCAAUCGCGCGGUGCCGAGAUCUAGGACGUCCCGGAGCGGAGUCUAUUCCGAGGCAUUUGGAACGGAUGCGGACUCCUUGA